UCUGACUGUCCUGAACAAAGCGACCGUCCCCUUGGGAAGGGUGACGUCUCCCCAGUAACGUGAUUGCUUCUUCGGAAGCAGAAACGUGUAAACGCUAUAAAACGCGGCGCCGCGGCGGGCAGCUCAGAUCGUGCGGCGGGACGGAGCUCUCCUCUCCUCUUCUCCUCCUCCUCGUCCUCCGCCGCCGUCCCCUGCAGCCUCUCAGCCCGACAGCGGGGCAGGGCGCAGGUCGUCGUCCCCAGCAGAGCAGCGCAGCGCAGCGCCCCUUGCCCGCUCAGCCAGCCCCACCGACGGACUCGCGGCUCCGUGGCGGCCAUGGAGCACCGCGGCGCCUCCCCGCUCCUCCUCGCCCUCGCCCUCCUCAGCGCUCUCUGCUGGCGGGCAAGGGCGCUGCCCCCCCGGGGGGCCGCUUUCCCCGCCGUGCCGCGAUUGGGAAACAGAAUGCCAUUUGAUGCAGCCAGUGAACCUGACCGUACCCAUGGGUCUUUAAAGUCUGAAUCAGACAUUUUGCAGAACACACUACCUGAAAAUGAGAAAUUCUAUUUUGAUCUGUCCAGAAUUAUUGAUAGAAAUGCAAGGCAUGCUGAUGGAAUUUUCACCAGUGUCUACAGCCAUCUUUUGGCUAAACUUGCUGUGAAGAGAUAUCUGCAUUCGCUUAUUAGAAAACGAGUUAGUUCCCAGGACAGUCCUGUCAAACGCCACUCUGAUGCUGUUUUCACUGACAACUACAGCCGCUUUCGGAAGCAAAUGGCUGUGAAGAAAUACUUAAACUCAGUUUUAACCGGAAAAAGAAGCCAGGAAGAGCUAAACCCCUCUAAACUUCGUGAUGAAGCAGAAAUUCUUGAACCUUCCUUUUCAGAAAACUAUGAUGAUGUUUCUGUAGAUGAGCUGCUGAGCCACCUCCCCCUGGACCUCUGAAAGACACCUGGUAAAGUCUACAACAAGAACACGUUACUUUUGAGUUCCACAUAGUAUUUCAAAGAGAUGACUUUAGUCAUCAAACCAGAACAAAUAUGUUGUGAAGUGAAAGUUGUGAUAUAUUUGUUUCUUAUGUAAUAAAAGUUGAUAUUUACAUUGUAAAUACUACUCUAGAGUUCUCUACUGAAAGCUGUACAUAUGGAUGCCAGUUAAACUCAUGAAAAGUCUGUGAGUCCAUAUGCUGUAAAUCCUUUACUUCAAUAAAUUCAUUUGAAAAAGAGCGCACAGCUGAAAAGAGCCCAUCAUUACUACUUAAUUGGCUUACUUUAGGUGUGGUACAAAGUCAGAUAAGACUUUAUGAUAAGAUGGAUACAUGUGCAGACAGCUUCAUAAACAAGUUUGAAAAUGUGAGGAAAAGAAUGUGUGAAGGGUCUAAAACUGCAUUAUAAAAAAUUCUGAAUUUUAUUACUGAGCAAAAAAGUAUGUUUUUUAAUAGCAGCUUGUCAAUCAGAUAAAAUGAAAAAAAUAUUACAAAUUAUUUGACCUUUGAGAGCAUCUUUACUUUUUACUCACAUUUUUAAUAGUUCACAAUAUACAGUUUAUAUUAGGACCAGAAAUGUAUCCCAUGUUUUUAGUGAUGUUUUGAAUGCAAUACUUUGGAACUGCCAAAGCAUAUAAAGAAAAAAGCUGUCCCUCUUCUUGUUUGAUGUCUAAAGUCACUGGUUAUUCUACAUUUGGUUGUAUGUAGUUUUGAUGAUGAAAUUAUUCCGUAUAUAUAAAAAAAAUCUGAAGAAACUUUACUAUUUUUUCAGAAUGAAUGUAACUUACAAAAUAUGCAGACAAUAAAUCAUUUUAUUAUCACGGCAAA